CUGGAUCAAGCCUUAACAUGCCACCGGGACAGGAGGCCAUUCUUUAUGGCAGCGUUGCCGCAUGUCGGCUAUGACCAUCGCCUCGCCCAUCUAGUCGCCCUUCCAUCGUGCAGCGUUCGGGUGCUGCGAGUCAAGAUCCAACUGGCCGCACUCAUUAGCAUCGGUAUCGACCAGAUUGUAAGGUUCCCCGUCCCGGAAUCGACUGAACUGCCCCCCCGGAAGCUCCUUAUAGACGCGUGUCGGGGCUGGGGGCAGCAGCUGGCCUCAACUGGAACCAUUUGGAUAGCCAUGGGCCUAUGGAAGCACAUCGCGACGUUUUUCCGGGAAUUUCACAUUGAGAGAAGACCCAAAGUAUUCCGGGUUCCGGGAUGCGAGGCAGCGGUCAAUGUCGUUCAGGCUUUCCGCGUCUAUACUGUCGCCGACGCCAUCAUCAACACGCUCGACGCACUAAAGAUCCAGGUUGGCAUGCGGCAAAUUUCCCAAGAGGAUGAUGACUUGACUGCACAGGAGAUCGUGGAGCUCCAGCGACACCUCCUGGAAGCUUUUAUCCACCAGCUGACGUUGUCGUAUCCAGCCAGCGGUCAGUCAAGUGGUGGUGCGGUGCGACAUCAUAUCAUCUCGACAGUCACCGACUUGAGCCUUCACGACAUGGGUGUCGCUGAUACCGAAGGAAUACUGAAGGAGAAUGGGUCCAUUGGAAUUUAUGGCAUCUGCCAGGACCUCGAGACAACGCUGGACGGCCGAGUCCUGGCCUCAUGA